GCCGCCGCCGCCGCCGUAACACACACACACACACGCGCGCGCGCACACUACACACACUCUCGACCGUCGCCGUGUGGAGAGACCGCUUCUGACUUUCGUGUGCUACAGUCCAGUGAGUUCCGCAAUAAUCACCACUUACCGCGGUCGUCUUCUUCUUCGUCGUCGUCGUCGUCCUCGUCGCCGUCGUCCUCGUCGCCGUCGUCUUCUUAUGAUAUAUUACAAGAGUGUGCCUGUGUUACUAUAUGCUGAUAUUAAAUAAUAUAUAAUAUAAUAAUAUAUUAUUUGUACUCGCGCAUGUAACGGUGCAGUGCACGAAAUAUAAAAUUCGUACCCGUACAGAAUAAUAUAAUACACGCGAGCCUUCGUCGUCUUGUCGUCGUCGUCGUCAUCGCCGUCGCAGCCCCGCAGCCGCAUAGCCGCCUGCAAUAUAUAUAUAUAUAUAUAUAUAUAUAUAUAUAUAAAUAUAUAUAUACAUAUAUUAUUAUAAUAUACGCGUCCGUAUACAUCACUGCACUAGUUGGCGGCGUAUAUUUGCGGGACACCGAUCUGAAAAUCACUACACGUCAUAAUAUUAAUACAAUAGUUGUGUACCUAUAUUUCCCACCCGGGUAACCUUCUCGUCCCGUUCCUAACGAGACGAUCGACACUCGGCCUGAGUCACCGCCGUCGACGGACGUCCGUUACUAUAUAUUAUCGUAAUCAGCUCGUGGAGCGCCAGGCGAGAACGCUGCAGCGGCCCGACCAUGUACGCGGUAAUACAGCUCGACUCGGAAAACCACCGACUCCGGCCCAAGAGGGUCAAAAUGGAGUUUGUGUGCAAGUACUGCAACCGGACGUUCAACAAACACUAUUCGCUGCUUAUACACGAACGCAACCAUCUGCCAACGGUCAACUACCGGUGCGAGAUGUGCUACAAGUCGUUCAAACGGCAGGACAGCCUGCAACAACACAGAUGUGGCCACUCAAGGUGAACUACGGAUUCUUCAAGACAACCCUUAUUUAUAAAACCUACCUAUCUAAAAAAAAAAAAUCUAUUAUAGGCCACAUUUCUUACUGUAUAUUGUAAGCCAUAGGUCCUAUUUUAUUCUUCUCUAUAUUAAUAGUUUCAAGUGUAAAAACAAAAAAAAUAAAACAAAAGAAUUCGGUUCAUAAUUUACCUAUUCACGUUAUUAAUAUUAUGAUAAUACGGCAUGGUCGCUUGUUUUACUAAUACCGGUUUGAGGUCACAUCUCACAUAGACUUACCUCUAUCUUAUACUUAUGAAUGAUCUCUCUAAAAAAUCAAUUCUCACGAAAAUAUGAUCUAAUUGUGUGUACUAUAUAUGCCACAUAUUAUUUUCAAAUGUUAUUCUUCAAUGUUUUUUAAUUUUUUAAUUUAAUUUUAAUUUUCUCUCGGACUUCUUUUGUUUAUGGUUUUUAUUUUUCCAAUACAGAUCAACUCAUAGUCCAAAUUACAGAGCUGGGUACGCAUUGCAGCUUUGAAAAAAUUGUGAUAUGCUAAAUUAUUGGCAAAUUGUUCUAAUGAAGUAAAUGUAGAUAGACAGACAUUAACUAGGUAGUUGUUAAGUUGUAGUAUUAAUAAGAUUAUUAUAUAUUUGAGCAGACUGGUCUUUUUUU